UGAAACUCACACCGGCUGCCCGAAGAUCCUUAUCUGCGUCCCAGAAUAGCACUUCUCUCCCUUCUCUUCCCUCAGUGACUGGGAAGCCGCAGUGUUUUCCCCUUUUUCCCCAAAUUCUGCUGGGCCAUGAAGGCUGGCAUCGCUGCCCUGACAGCGGGCAUCCUGGGCAGCACGGCCAUGCUGCUCUUCCUGCUCGCCUUUGGGACGGACUACUGGCUGCUGGCUGCGGACACGUGCGGGGUCAUCGGGGAUGGAAACAACACGCACCAGUCCAGAGAGGCAGACACACUGACAGAGGCUGGGACGCAGAUCCUCACUUUCCAUCACGAGGGCUUCUUCUGGCGGUGCUGGUUCUUCGGCGAGGGCCAGUCCACGACCAUCUGGACCUUCUGGUACACCAGCCAAGCGCACCCCAAGCACUGCAUGCACAGCUACCUGUUCCCCAUGCCCAUCGUCCUGGGGCCUUUCCCACAUCCCUCCUAUGACACGACUGCAGUGUACAGAGGCUUCUGGACGGCGUUCAUCAUACUGGCCGUUGCUGCUGGCCUGGUGGGAGGACUGCUGCUGGUGUGUGGUGUGCCCUUUGUCAGCGCCAGGUCCUACAAAGUGGGCGGCGGGUUCCUGAUAGCCUCAGGAAGUUUAUUUCUCCUGCUCAUUUUCCUCUUUGUGCUGUGGAAGGAGUUUGUGGCCGAUUUCCAGAAGUACAUCCUCCUGGAGAGGAGCGAGGUGUGCCUGCAGGAGGCUCCCGUACACGUGUUAUAUGGCUGGUCCUUCUUCCUUGCUGCCGCCGGCGUGCCCCUGUCGCUGCUCUCUGGGCUCCUCUUCUUCCUGAUCGGCAGAGAAAUGACAGAGUCACUUGAGUAAGAAAAGGUGCUGAGAAACUCUUGGAGAAAACUGUUGAUGCUCCUUGUAAUGAAACAUACACAAGUUUUGAAGAUUAUGUCCUUUUUGUAGCUGUAUCUAUUGGCGUAGGUGCGUGAUUGAAGUAAGUGUUAUGUGGAGGCAGGGUGGAGCACUUAGCAUGCAAACACUCUCAGUCCUGUAGGCAUCUCUCUGGACUGUGCAGCAGUUUCAGGUGGGAGGACCAGCCUCCGCUGUGGCCAGCAGUCACCAUGGCUCGGCACUGCCAGCGCGGCCCAUCCGUGUUCAGCAGCAUUCCCAGCAUCCUCGUUUCCUCUAAGAGGUAAUCGAAUGUGGCUGUGGGGGUGUAUGCUCUGACAUCUUUUCUGAGAAGCAAUUAAGGAUGAUUUUUUUUUAGCUAGCUCUAAUUGACGUCAAAGGACAACCGUUUUAAUGGAAUGUCUGGAAACAUGAGAGUUUUUUUCAUUAAAAGCCUUGAUUCUGAAGAUACAAAUGUACCUGUGCCUAACCUAACUCUUAAUAAUGACUAAACUAAUUUCUGUGGUAUGCAACAUGAGAUGUAUUAAUUAGUAUUUCUUUAAAGCGCUGUGCUACAAUGCAUUUAAGAUUUUGCCUGAACAGAGAGCUGUGGAAAUUUGCAAUCCAAAACUGAAAAUUAGAGCUGGGGGAAAGAAAACGGGAACAAUGAUGCUAUGAUUUUUUUGUUUGUUUGUUUGUUUUUAUGGUAGAGUUUGUCAGCCAGCUCACCAUGGGACCCUGUUGUAUUCCACCUAGCAUAAGAGCCAGCUCUGAAAAGACUUAUUAUAUACAAUUUAUAUAUUUUUUAAUUCUUGCAAUUGCUCAAGUGUACAUUGUCUGACAGGUUAAAGUGGUCCCACUAAGAGUAAUGCAUACUAAUGCUAUGUAAAACGAUCUAAAUUCAGGAGGUGAUGUCAUUUAUUCUGUGUAUGUGAAGGCUUGUAGACACUUGAGAAAUGACAAAGAGUUGAUCUUGUGUUUUUCAGUCAAGAUCUUGCUAUUUUGAAGUAGUUUGUUGGGCCCUUGCUUGCUGAAUUCAUCUGCAUAAAUUUUAAAUUAAACCUACUAAAAAUACAUGCUUUUCUCAUGGAUGUCAAAGUUUAUGGUAAACAUAUUUCCAAAGCUUUAUGUCAUACUACUGACUCAGUAUAUUUAAUUAAUAAUGUAAUGUAAACCUCUUCUAGAAAGCAGCAAAGACUCUUGGCAGUAUAAAAAUGUUUGUUAAUGCUCUUCCUAAAAUAUUAUUCAAGUCUGGCGUUUCUUUCCUUUUGGAGUUCUAAUUGCUCUUUUACAAGACUCAUUGCAUACACAGAGUGAGAAAUUGUAGUUCCCACAUGUAAAGAUUAGUUCUUUCGUAUGAAUAGCAAGCUUGUUCUAUGGUUCUUAAGUAAAACUCACACUAAUUUCCAUUAAGGGGAAUUUCGUUUGAGUAGAAUUGUUAUAUACAGGUGAAAAUCGAGCAUUUUUCCCCAGUGAGUAGAUGCUUCAUGACAUUACAAACACACUGAUACUUCAGUGUUUUAGCUGGCAUUUUUAAACUUUUUUUUUCUUUUUUUUUUUUUUUUAAUUUCUCUCUCUUUGGGUUAUGCCUGUGCCCCAUCAGUUCCUCAAGUGAUAAUUUCUCACUAUAAAUUCUCUUUGAAUAAUUUUUGUCAUGUAAUUAUCUAUUCGGUGUAGAGAUGAACACUUACGGUCACAAAGAAUAUAAGUAUAUAAUCCAGGAGCAGAAGAGGUCAAGAUUUACAGUCACUUGCCUUUCACUGAUCCCAUAAAACAAUCCAAGCAUGCAGAAAUGAUGAUCCCAUAAGAGACACCAGGGCAGAAGUAUGAGAAUGCAGCAAGAAAUCCAUCAGACUUAUUGAUAUCUGUGAAGCUGAGGAUCCCUGAAGUUGUGAAUACAGAAGUGAGUUUUAUAUUACAGAAUGAAAUAUUUAUUAACUUUCUCCAUCUGUUCUUUAAAAAAUUUAGUUUAAUGUCAUCAAGGCAUUUAUGGAAUACAUUUAGCUUAAUUAUGCAUUCAUGCCUUAGGGAGUAAACCAUCCCUGGAGACUUGCUCCUUCUGGAUCAGCUCUAGAACAAGCAAUAGUUUAAAACUCAAUCAUUCUUUUCAAAAUCAUGACUUUGAAUCAUUCUUGAAUGGAAGAUGUUGGGUUUUUUUUUGGUUGUUUAAACUCUAAUAUUGAGCAGAUUCUAAUAAUCACAACAAUAAGGAUAUAGCAAAUGACAUUAUACACUGGCACAAUUAAAUUAACUAGCACCUGUAAUAAAAUGCAACAUCUGUAGUCAGCACAAGAUUGAACACAUCAUAUUGGUGGACUAAAAGGUCUUUUGGCCUCGUUUUUCUUGUGGCAAGUAUGCCUUAUACAGACAAAAUUUUGUGUGGGAAUCAUUAUUUCUGGAGGAGAAGCUUAAAAAAAAUAAGUUGAUGGAGUCAGCAGCAGGGUUUGAAAUUGUGGAA